AUGGCAACGCCAGGGCUCCAGCUGGCCCCCACCAGGCUGCUCGAUUCCUCUUGCUCCUUGGAGAAGACUCUGCACUGCAGCUGUUCCUUCCGUGGGACCCCCACGCCCUCCGUGUGGUGGCGGGUGGGGGUCGCUCCCGUGGUCAUGAACCGCACAGGCUUCCGGGUGACUUCUACCACGCUUGGCCCCUGGGCCAACAGCACCAUCCAUCUGACCAAGCCACCUGAAACGGGCACGAGCCUGCUCUGUGAGGGCAGGAACCCAGAGGGAACCCACGCCCUGACCAUCCUGCUGAAGUCAGGAAGGAGUUCUUUGGUUGCCCAGACUUUCAUGAAAGGGCUGAUUCGGGGCGUGUUCUACGGAGCCAUCGGUGUCACACUGUUCUUCCUCUGCCUUGUCCCACUCAUAGUGAAACAUAUCAGAAUGAAGCAGGCAAAGAAAAUUGCAGCAAUGAAGGCAGAAAAGAGCCCUAAAAUCAGAGCCCGCCAAAGACUCGAGACGUCUCUAAGGCCCAAGGAACCAGGAAAAUCCAGAGUCACCCCGUCUCCUGAUCAGCAGAUAUUGGACCCAUCACCCCAAACUUCCAGGAAGAGCAGGAUAAACUGA